GGCAUGGCGCUGUGGAGGAAAUCCCACCCACUAGAAGUGGAUCUUACACGCAGGUCGGUGGGUCAUCUGUUAUCAGUCUUGAGCAAAAACAGCCUCAUUUAGAGAGUCAUGGAAAACCAUCCCGCACGUCAACAGCAUGCGAAUCACGCUGGAUCCAGUAUAAAAGAAUGUAUGGACGCUGUGGGUUCUAAAGACUCCCAGAAACCCCCGGACAUCACAGGACAGGUGGGCAGCUCUCAGGUGCUUAAAGAAAGUCUCCAAAUAUGAAGACCCUGCUCUUGGCUUUGCUGUUGGUGUGUGCUCUGUGUCCAGACACCGCCCGCUCCCACAAUGCCGUCCGGCUGUGUGGCCGUGAGUUUCUGCGGGCUGUGGUCUACACCUGCGGAGGGUCCAGGUGGAGGAGGGUCCUGUCCGAGUCUUCGGCAGAGGACUCUGAUGUGGAUGGCGGACAGGAUCUGGGGUUCACCACAGACACAAUAUCUAAGAGGCUAAGAAGGAGUCAGGACAAGCUGAUACAGAAAUGCUGUGAUACGGGCUGCUUAAAACACGAACUGGCCCUCGUCUGCUGAGGAGGAAGAUGAAGGAGAUAAAGGAGGCUCAUCAUUUAAUUGGAAAGAAGAAAAGCAGGACAUUUCUCACAAUGUUGCCUUUUAAAAUGUAUUAAAGACCUUAUAACCUAAACUGCAGGUGACAGACAUGUGAUUAACCUCUAGAGGCCAAGACCUUUACUUGGUGUGCAUUUUAAAUUUUUCUGAGCUAUUUGGGAUUAGUUUGGAAGAGGGUUCGUCUUUUUACAGGAUGUUGCUUUGCAGAAAACAAAGUCCUCAUAUCGAGACAGUAGUUUAUUUUAACAUUUAAAAAUGAUUCUUGCCAUUUUGGAUCCCAAUUAGGACACAAU